AAAAUCUUGACAUGCAAUGUUUGUAGGCCUUGGUACAUAGCAUCUCUCGCUUUGGCUCCCCUUCACGGCUAACGGGAUAUUCUCUGUCUUCUUGCUUGUACCAACUGCAUCGCCGUCUUCGUGUCAUCCGGCGUCCGUGCGACGCUUCCAAGACUCCAUGUGAGAGGUUGUGCAUGCGAUCAUUGACCAGAUCCACAUGAAGUAUUGUUGUCCUAUCACACCUUAAAAGAAUAGUUUUAUAUUUCGUUUCUACAAAUUUGUCUCGAUUUCAGUCAAUUUUGUGGAGGUUUGUGCGGGGUGAGAGAAAGAGAGGGAUCAGGAUUUCGGGGCGAUUACCGCAUCUUUGAGAUGCUGGCUUCCAAUGCGAUUGCGGUGGCAAGAAUGGUGGCGGUGGCAGCGGCCACGGGCGGCGGGAGUGGUGGAGCCUCCGCCGGCAGAGGCGGCGUGAUCGCUCUUGGGGCAGACAUCCCGUUCUGCUCGAUUUGGUGGUUCGUGUACGCGGGAAUCUCGUGUGUUCUGGUGCUUUUCGCCGGAAUUAUGUCGGGCCUUACCCUUGGUCUCAUGUCGCUGGGCCUCGUCGAGCUGGAGAUUCUGCAGCGCAGCGGAACACCAACUGAGAAGCGGCAGGCAGCUACCAUUCUUCCCGUUGUUCAAAAACAACACCAACUUCUGGUGACUUUGCUAUUGUGUAAUUCUGCUGCCAUGGAGGCCCUUCCUAUAUUUCUUGAUAAGAUAUUUCAUCCAGUUCUUGCAGUUAUCUUGUCUGUAACAUUUGUUCUGGCUUUUGGAGAGGUUAUUCCUCAAGCCAUAUGCACAAGAUAUGGUUUAGCAGUGGGUGCAAAUUUUGUUUGGCUUGUGCGCAUCCUAAUGGUCAUUUGCUAUCCAGUAGCUUAUCCAAUUGGAAAGCUUUUAGAUUGUGCACUUGGACAUAGUGAUUCGGCAAUUUUUAGACGUGCUCAGUUGAAGGUUCUCGUCUCUAUUCAUAGCAAAGAGGCUGGUAAAGGCGGGGAACUCACCCAUGAUGAAACAACAAUAAUAAGCGGUGCUCUUGAUUUGACAGAAAAGACUGCUGAGGAAGCUAUGACACCGAUUGAAUCAACAUUCUCAUUAGAUGUCAAUUCAAAGUUGGAUUGGGAAGCCAUUGGCAAAAUUCUAGCUCGGGGCCACAGCAGAGUCCCUGUUUAUUCAGGAAAUCCAAGGAACAUUAUUGGUCUUCUACUGGUGAAAAGUCUUCUCACAGUUCGUGCUGAGACAGAGACACCAGUUAGUGCCGUUUCCAUAAGAAGAAUUCCUAGGGUCCCAGCGGACAUGCCUCUAUAUGAUAUACUAAAUGAGUUUCAGAAGGGAAGCAGCCAUAUGGCUGCUGUUGUGAAGGCUAAAGGGAAAACAAGGAGUCUCCCUCCCGCUGAAGGGAACAAGUCUGAAGAAAAUAAAGAAGUUUAUGGAGAAUCUAACUUGACAACUCCUUUAAUAUCAAAAGAGGAUAGAAGCUUUGUAGUGGACAUAGAUAAGGUUCAAGAAAAACAUGCUAAUGAAGAUGUUGAAGAAGGAGAGGUUAUUGGCAUCAUCACUCUUGAGGAUGUAUUUGAAGAACUCCUACAAGAGGAGAUUGUAGAUGAAACUGAUGAGUACGUUGAUGUUCACAAAAGGAUACGUGUGGCUGCUGCUGCUGCUGCAUCUUCAGUUGCACGGGCUCCAUCCAUUAGGAGGUUAACUAAUCAGAAGGCAGCAGGAGCACAGCAUAGGCAAGGGCAUCAGCAGCAGCAGCCAGGAAUACUGAAGAAACCUGGUGAAGGAGACCCAAACUCGCCAAGAAAUUAAACAAAGUGUUCUGUAAUCUCAUCCAGGAACUAAAGCUAUCAGGCUAAUCUGGCAGAGUUUGGUGAUUACUCUGCCUUCUCAUCCUAAUUUUUGACCAUCUAUGCCUGUUCAUUCCUACUUUUUGUUUGAUUGGCUCAUUGUAAGUUUCAUAAGAAAUAAUUGAGCUGUAACUUAAGGUACUAAUGUUGUGAUGAUUUUGCUAUGGAUUGUUAUCAGUUUUUUUGGUGCAGGGUUGAAAUAUAUCUAUUAUGAAUAGGGUUGUUAAGUGAUUAGAACAAUUCAAUAUUGAUUUUAUAGAA